CCAAGCUCCAAUCAUAUCUGCAGUCUCCAUACCAAUAAAAUUUACUUCUGAGAUUUUCCCCAGUUCUACACUCUCUCAGUUGUUUUCAAACUUACUGUGACAAUGUCAACGCUUUCCAAAGAAACCCAACCACCGCUGCCGCCGUCGCUGCAGCAAGAACUUCCGGUUACCACAGCCACCACUCCGGCUGUCAAGAAGAAACUAACCCUCAUUCCCCUCAUCUUCCUGAUCUAUUUCGAAGUAGCAGGCGGCCCUUAUGGCGAAGAGCCCGCCGUCCAAGCCGCUGGCCCUCUCUUCGCCAUCCUCGGGUUUCUGAUUUUCCCCUUCAUCUGGAGUAUCCCGGAAGCCCUGAUCACCGCCGAGCUCUCCACGGCCUUACCCGGCAACGGCGGAUUCGUGUUAUGGGCUGACAGGGCAUUCGGUCCCUUCUUCGGUUCCCUUAUGGGUACGUGGAAGUUCCUUAGUGGUGUCAUAAACAUAGCUGCUUUUCCUGCUCUUUGUAUUGAUUAUUUGAAGAGAAUCUUUCCAAUUUUUUCAUCUGGAUUACCCAGACAAUUAGCCCUCUUGAUUUCCACUGUGUUCCUCUCGCUCUUGAAUAUCACUGGUUUAACCAUAGUUGGGUAUGUUGCGGUGGCGUUAGGGGUUAUCUCCCUCGCGCCAUUCAUUGUAAUGUCUUUGAUAGCCAUACCCCAAAUUCAUCCCCACAGAUGGAUUAGUUUAGGGCAGAAAGGCGUGAAGAAAGAUUGGACUUUGUUCUUCAACACUCUUUUUUGGAACCUCAAUUUUUGGGAUAAUGUUAGUACUAUGGCAGGGGAAGUUGAGAAUCCACAGAAAACAUUCCCUUUAGCCCUGUUUUCUGCAGUGAUCCUCACAUGUUUGGGAUACAUAAUCCCUCUUGUGGCCGUAACUGGUGCAGUCGUGGUUGAUCAGAGUAAGUGGGAGACUGGCUUCAUGGCCGACGCAGCAAGAACUAUAUCUGGCACAUGGCUCAAAGUUUGGAUUGAGAUUGGAGCAGUUCUGUCGGCCGUUGGUCUCUUUGAAGCUCAACUAAGCAGCAGUGGUUAUCAACUUCUUGGAAUGGCUGACUUGGGCCUUCUACCACAGUUUUUUGCUUCGAGAUCAAAGCGGUUCAAUACUCCCUGGGUCGGUAUCUUAUUCUCAACUUUGAUUGCCAUUGGUGUAUCUUACAUGAGCUAUACGGACAUUGUUGCCUCUGCCAAUUUUUUAUACAGUUUGGGUAUGUUGCUGGAGUUUUCCUCCUUUCUUUGGUUGAGGUGGAAGUCCCCAGAAAUGAAUAGGCCUUAUAAAGUGCCUCUCCCGUUAUAUGCCCUUGUUAUAAUGUGCCUCGUCCCCUCUGUCUUUCUGGUGUUCAUAAUGGUCAUAGCUACCAAGAUGGUUUACUUGGUGAGUGGAUUAAUGACUAUUGGAGGAAUUGGUUGGUUCUUCCUAAUGAGAGUUUGCAAAUCAAAGGGGCUCUUACAUUUCAAGAGGAAUUCGGAGGACCAAUGAGUUUUAAUAUAUUUGAGUAGGAAAAUUUGUAAAGAAAGUAAAUCAUACCACAUUUGGAGCCGUGGAAUUCGGAGUGUGCCAAGAAGAAUCCGCUUGCGCAUCGCAAGAAAGAGGAAUGAUGAUGAAGAUGCUAAGGAGGAGCUUUACUCUUUGGUUACUGUUGCAGAAAUUCCAGAUGGAGGGUUGAAGGGAUUGGGAACCCAAGUUAUUGAUGAGGAAGAAUGAUUCUCUGUUUUAAAAUCACUUUGCUAGCUGUAUAGAGAAGUUGAUUUGAAGGAUGCAAUUCUUCCAGUUUGAGACACGUAUCUCAUAUUAGAAUUCACUUGAUAUUGUUUCUCUUUGUUUUAACGGUCAGAAAGUUAAAUUGCUUGUUAUGGUUAGAUGCAUACUCUUAUGGGGUUGGCUCUGGCUGCUGGUUAUUUUUAGUUAUGCUCCUUUUUAGGGGUAUUCUAGCAACAGCUCUUAAAUGGCUUUGAGUUUAAGCUUGAGAAUGGAAUUCUCAAAAUCGUGUUUGCAGAUCAAUUAUGAUCCUAAGAGUGUUUGGUGACUUGAGUUUAAAUAGCUUUUGGCUGAUGAUGGUAAAGAAAGCGUUGGCGUUUCAA